AUGAGUCUUCGCACUCCAUAUGUAUGUGCGCGAUGCACUGUUCGCGCAUCUCGGUCCCUACGCCCUGUGAUUCUCUCUCACUUUCGGUCGCAACGCCGUAAUGUCAGCCAAACAGUACAAACCGACAGACCCUUCCGAGUAGCCAUUGUAGGCUCAGGCCCGGCUGGCUUUUACGCCGCAUAUCGCCUACUGGGAAAGGUUGAAAAUGCGGUAGUAGACAUGUAUGAGAAACUGCCUGUUCCAUUUGGACUGGCGAGGUAUGGCGUAGCUCCGGACCACCCGGAAGUAAAGAACUGUGAAGACAAGUUUACGGAAGUUGCGGCAUCUCCGCGCUUUAACUUCAUUGGGAAUGUCGAACUGGGCGGAACUCUGCCUCUUCGACUACUGAAGCCUCACUACGACGCCAUUUUAUUCGCCUACGGCGCUCCCAAGGACAAGAGGCUAGGGAUACAAGGAGAGGACGCACUACGCAGUGUAUACUCUGCGCGAGAGUUUGUGGGAUGGUAUAACGGACUUCCGGAGCAUCGAGAUCUUAACCCGGACCUCACUGCGGGAGAGGAUGCUGUGAUUAUCGGCCAAGGCAAUGUUGCGUUGGAUGUGGCAAGGAUCUUACUGUCGGAUGUGGAUCGACUGCGGCAAACCGACAUUGCUGAUUAUGCCCUGGAGGCAUUGUCCAGCAGUAAGAUCAAUAGAGUCCGGGUGGUAGGCCGCAGAGGCCCGCUGCAGGCAUCUUUUACCAUAAAAGAAGUUCGCGAACUACUGCAACUUCCCUCUGUAUCCUUUGAUCCCAUUCCUCGUGACCUCCUUCCACCGGACGAUGUCGUUUCAGCUCUCCCCAGAGCUCAGAAACGACUAAUUCAACUCCUCGCCAAGGGAUCAAACAAUGACCCUAGCACAGCUACCAAGUCGUGGUCACUUGACUUCCUCCUCUCACCUGAAUGUCUUAACUGGUCCCCCGUUUUCCCGCAUCGGUUGUCUCAUGUACGCUUCGCUCGCAACGAGCUCGACCCUGCAGAUCCGUUCUCCGCAAGCGCCAAGGUCACUCCCAAAUACCUUUCAAGUGGCAAGCCGGCAAAAGUCAACAUUCCUGCGAACACCUUCUUCCGCAGCGUCGGUUACAAAGGCCUUCCCUUGCCUGGACUCGAGGACCUAGGAGUGCCGUUCGACGAGAGCCGCGGAGUGAUUCCAAACGACGGCUUUGGCAGAGUCACUGUUCCUCCAUCGUCAGAGGCCGGGAGCCGCGAUAUACUCCCAGAUGGCUCUCUGAUCUCUCACCUGCCGGGACUAUACUGUGCUGGCUGGGUCAAACGCGGACCUACGGGUGUAAUUGCAACGACGAUGACAGACGCAUUCAGCACAGCUGAUGCUAUCGCAGCGGAUGUGGCUCAGAGUGGUGGCGCGCUGCUCAACCCAUCCAAUGAAAGGACAGGCCUUGGAUGGGAUGGCGUCCGGGCUGAGGCGGAGCGGCUCGGCGUCAGAGCAACAAGCUGGGAGGACUGGGAACGGAUAGAUCGUGCCGAGCGCGAGCGGGGAUCGCAAAGAAACAAGCCUCGGGAGAAAUUCGGACGAGUUGAGCAGAUGCUGGGUGUCCUCUAG